GCUGCCGUAAACCUCCGGCGGGGUGUCGCGAAGCCCCUCCGUGUUAUUCAGAGAAGUAAACAGUUGUUUAGCGCCGGGAAUCGAACGUGAGGAAAACAAGUGGAUCUGUGUCGCGUCCCUUCCACGUGACUCCGUCGCCUCCCGCGGAUCCAGAGGAUGAGUUGAUCCGGAACCAGCUGGAGAGAUGGCAGCGUACAACACUGGAGAUGUUGCGGGUCACGCCGUGGUGGUGGAGCUGAGUCCCGACAUACACAUCUGCGGCUUCUGCAAACAACAGUACAACAACUUCGACGUGUUUCUGGCCCACAAGCAAAAUGGGUGUUCGAUCCCCGCCGGCACCACCGACCCGUCGGGCUCCAGUGCCGCGUCCGCCCUCACAGAUCCCAGUGCUGAGUUUGUUUUCGAGGAGACGUACCAGACCUGUGUGAUGAGAGGCGUCAAAAAGAUUCUGACCAAAGCCCAGAAAACACCUUCCAGAAAAUUAAAACCCGCCCUGACUUCAAAGAGACACAGCUGCUGCUUCUCAGGCUGCACCUUUAAAACACAGUACGGCCAAAAAGACAUGGAGCGGCAUCUCAAGACCCACACGGGUGAGAAGCCGUUUGAGUGUGAGCUGUGUCACAAGCGCUUCAGCCGGCGGGACAAGCUCAACAUGCACAGCCGGCUGCACACGGGCGAGAAGCCGCACAAGUGCAAACACUGUCCCUACGCCGCGGCCGACAGCAGCAGCCUGAAGAAGCACCUGAGGAUCCACUACGACGAGCGGCCCUUCAAGUGCCAGAUCUGCCCGUACGCCAGCCGCAACUCCAGCCAGCUCACCGUGCACCUCCGCUCGCACACCGGGGACGCACCGUUCCAGUGCCAGCUGUGUGACGCAAAGUUCAAAAUCAACUCCGACCUAAAGAGACACGUUCGGAUCCACUCUGGUGAGAAGCCCUACAAGUGUGAGUUCUGUGAUUACCGCUGUGCCAUGAAGGGAAACCUCAAGUCUCACAUGCAGAUCAAACACGGCACCGAGAACUCCUUCCGCUGCGACCACUGUGAGUUCCGCUGCGCCAACAAGACCGCCCUGCGCCAGCACACCCGGGAGCACCAGCCCCUCCAGCCCAUGCAGUGCGCCAAGUGCACUUACUCCUGCUCCAGCAAGGGGGCGCUCAAAGUCCACGAGAGGAUCCACUCGGAGGAGCGGCCCUUCAGAUGUGACUUCUGCAACUUUGCCUCCAAGCAGCGCAGCAACCUCGUCAUUCACACCAAGAAGUUCCACUCGGAUAAGCCGGAGAGAGGCGGGGGCCGGGGAGCGGGGAGAAGUGGAGGAGGAGGCGAGUCCCCGAAGCCGAUUGGCUCCCGGUACCGAGCCAAGCUGGACGCGGCCCGAGCCUUCAGCUGCGACGCGUGCCACGCCUCCUUCGUCCGGGAGGACUCGCUGCGGAGCCACAAGAAGCAGCACCGAGACGCUCAGCACGAGCUGCAGCUCCAGCUCUCCGGCCCGGACACGCUCAGCCUGGUUCCCAUCACCUCCCAGUGCACCGCCCAGCUGGAGGUCCCCCUCCCAGCUGACCCGAUGGCUCCUUACAGCAAUGCACAGCUCAAGAUCAUCGUGUCUCACCCGCUGGGGCAGCAGAACCCCUUGAUCCCAGCAGGUGUGGAGCGGCUGGGUAAGACCAGCGUGGUCCUGCUGAGCCCGGAGAACCAGGACAUGGUGGUGAACUCCAUGAUCCAGCAGGUGAACCUCCUGACCCCUAUGCAGCCCCUGGGGUCGUGUCCGGCUGCAGAGGCUUCCCUCGAGCCCCAGACGGUCCUGUUGACGCAGCUCGGCGCCGACCACACCGACAACCCGCUCCACCAGGCCCUGCUGCAGACGGCCAUCACUGCUCCGGACUCCAGCAGCACGCAGGCCUUCAUCACCACCUGCUCCGAGCUGGACGGCCUCAACGCCCUGAUCCAGGAGGGCGGCACCGAGGUCACGGUGGUGACGGAGGGGAAAGCCGCCGCGGGGACCACAGCUACACAACCCGACGUGGUGAGCGGUCCAUCGGAGGACAUGUUGACAGUUAAGGUCGAGGAGAACAACUUACCCCCUGAGGACAGUGCGUUACUGGCGCCCAGUAUGGGCCUGGUUGGACAGAGUGUGGUCGUCCAUGGCGUCCCUCUGAUUGUGUCCACUCAGCCACAGCAGAGCGCGAUAGAGCAGCUUCCUCCUCACACGCUCUACACAGACUCACACUCGCUGGAGGGGAUCCCACCAUGAGCCGAGCGCUUUGUGUGUUCGUCUUAAAAUGAAAAGAUUGUAACGGCAUCAUAAGCUAUUUCCUCUGCCAGUAAGAACUCUUUAUUCUGAAGGAGACGUUUGUGCGGGACAUCGACAAAUAUCAGUAUUUAGUUUCUAGCGUUUAAUUUAAUAACUAACCACUGAAAAUAACAACACCGUUAACUUUAUUAUUGCUCUAAUUUCCACAUUUUAGAAUAAUGAAUUGUCGUCGUAGCACAGUAGAUCGCUCCGGACUAUUUUAACACUGAAAAGCUUUUGAAUAUGAAACUUAAUCAUUCGCACACAUCUGUAGUUUCAUACGCUCUAUUUUCAGUUGAAUAAAUUGUGUGGACAUCACUGCUAAACCUACGAUCAAGUGUAAAAGAAUAAAGUCUGAAAAUAAUGGUCACAACUAGA